AUGGAAGACCAGCGUGACCUCAUUUCCAACCAUGAGCAGUUGCCCAUACUGAGCCAGCGCCCCCGAGGCACUGAGAGCAAGUGCAGCCGUGGGGCUCUCUACACGGGCUUCUCAGUUCUGGUGGCUCUGCUCCUGGCAGGCCAGGCCACUACCGCCUACUUCCUGUACCAGCAGCAGGGCCGGCUGGACAAGCUGACGGUCACCGCACAGAACUUGCAGCUAGAGAGCCUGCGCAUGAAGCUUCCCAAGCCGCCCAUGCCCAUUAGCAAGAUGAAGAUGGCUACCCCCCUGCUGAUGCGAGCACUGCCCAUGGAAGGCCUGCCCCAUGGGCCCAUGCAGAAUGCCACCAAGUACGGGAACAUGCCCCAGGACCACGUCAUGCAUAUGCUCCUGAAGUCUGACCCGCUGAAAGUGUACCCGCAGCUGAAGGGCAGCUUCCCAGAGAAUCUGAAGCACCUUAAGGACACCAUGGAGAACCUGGACUGGAAGGUUUUUGAGAGCUGGAUGCAUCAGUGGCUCUUGUUUGAAAUGAGCAAGAACUCCAUGGAGCAGAAGCCCACUGAGGCUCCAACAAAAGCACUGACCAAGUGCCAGGAAGAGGUCAGCCACAUCCCUGCCAUCCACCCGGGCAUGUUCAGGCCCAAGUGCGACGAGAACGGCAACUAUUUGCCGCUCCAGUGCUAUGGAAGCAUUGGCUACUGCUGGUGCGUCUUCCCCAACGGCACCGAGGUCCCCCACACCAGGAGCCGUGGGCGCCAUAACUGCAGUGAACCACUGGACAUGGAAGACCUGUCUUCUGGGCUGGGUGUGACCAAAUAG